AUGACCCCAGUGGCUGUCUCUCUGCUCCUGUGGAACCCUGUGAGUGUGUGUGUGAGCGGGAUCAUGUCAAAAGGACAUUUCACUCGCCUGUUGAGGGGACUUUGGGUACUGUGGCUGUGGCAAGCUGAUCUUGUGUCGGGUAGUAAGCUCUGGGAGGUACCCAUAGCCCUCUUUGGAUCUUUCUCCAACCACACGACUAGCCUGGAAUGGGAGCCACAGUGUCAGUAUCCCCACCUGCAGGACGGCAUCAGAAUCACAGCCGACAUUCCCCCAAGACUGGAGGGCAGCUGGGUGUCAACAAGAUGUGAAGUUCGGCCUGGCCCUGAGUUCCUGACCCGUUCCUACACCUUCUACCCAAGCCACCUGUUCAAAGCCCUGCAACACUACUACACUGACAGUGGGUGCGAGGAGCCCGCAUACUCUCUGGUGGUCCGGGGCAAGCUCCGUCUGCGCCAGGCUUCCUGGAUCACCCGGGGUGCCACCAAGACGGAGCACCACCUCCACAAAGUGGGCAUUGUCAUCCACAGCCCAGGCGCAAUGCACCAGCUGGCAGCCCGUCUACCUUCCGUGUGUGUGGGCCUCACCUUAGGUGGCAUGGUGCCCGGGCGCCUGUACGAGCUGUACAAUGCCCGGGCAGGGAGGGACUGUCUGGGUGCCUCGGGGUACUCGAUGAUGGAGUUGGGCUUGGUGAGAGUGGAGACCCAGCAUCAGCCCCAUGGAGGUCUGGUUCAGGAGCUCUUCCUUGGGGACGUGCACACAGACUGGACCCAGAGGACAUACUAUCGACCAAUGGGCUACCAACAGCCACUGCAGAAUGCUAUGCACCACAUCCACCCCUGCCCAGCGUGCGCCUUGCUGUUCCGGGCCUCAGAACAGCGCCCCCCCGUGUUACCCCAUGUCCCUGCAGCAACGCCUCUGUCCUUGGGCGGCCGAUGGGUGAGCCAACGUUGCGAAGCCCGGCCCGCUGUCCUCUUCCUCACACGAGACUUCACCUUCCGCCCAGAUGAGCAUUCCUGGGAAGGCCUCUACCGCCACUACUCGGAACCCACUUGCAGCCAGCCCACCUUCACCCUGCGGGCUUCAGGCCACUACGCCCAGGGAGGCCCCUCAGCUAAAGUGGCGGGAGGGACUGAGUUCGUCUUCAAGGUAACCCGGGCCAGAGUCACCGUUCUGGAAGGGGCCACGGCCAGGGUGCUCAACGAGACUAGGCCGGGCAGCUGCGGGAAGGCGGGGGGGUGGGAGUUGGGAGUGGAGCAGGACGUGACCCCCACAGAUGGGUGUACCGUCCUGGGGAUCAAGCUGCCGCACAAGGAGUAUGAGCUGUUCAAGACGGAGCUAGACCAUCGAAGGCGCACUCUGCUGUUCAUUGGGGAGAGGCCGACGGAUGGCUCCAGCCCUGACCGGCCCCAGAAGAGGCCCACGUCUUACCAGGCCGCCCUGGUGCAUUGUUGCGAGGAAGACACCCCCACGUCGCAACGCCACACCAACCAGCUCAAGCUAGCAGCUAGUGGAACCAAUAACCUACCAUGGCUCCCUUUCUUUGUCCUAGUACUGGUCUCUUUACUGUGGGGUUGGUACUGUGUGUUCUAGAGACAACCUGAACAUUAGGGAAGAACACACAAACGAUGGUGGAGCUGCUCGCGGUCUAUAAGGAAACUCCAUGUGCUCCUCCUCAAUAUCAAGAUAAUGCCAGACCACAUAAUAGAUGGCCAAAGCCAUCUUCAAGAAAACUGAACAUAGACUGUCAGUGUAUCCAUGUUGCAUAUCUAUCAUAUUAUAUGUGUCUCAUUUUGUUUUCUUUUAAACCGGAGAUGCCUUUUGGCAAAUGUUUAAGUCACAUAAGCGUUCCUUUUCUAAAGAGUGGCAGAUUCAGACUUAGGAAAGGCGUGCGUUUCCUAUGCACUUCUCAGUAUUUGGUAUUCAGACUUACCUUAUUCUGUCACGUAACGCGCUCUGCAGGUGUGGCUACCUUCCGCGCUCCCAAUAAAUGUAAUUAAUCCAAUGAAAACCCUCCCCACUUGCUGGCCAACAGGUUUUCUCAUGGAAUUUUCAUUCAAUAGAGCAUUCACAUAGAGAAUGAUAGAGGCGUCUAGCUGCCAAAAGGCCCUAUAAGCAUGGGCAGCACCAUUGAGGGCUUCCACCAUUUGAAUGUAGUCAACUUGGUGGGACUUCCAACUUCAUUGUCUUAUCCCUCCUGGUGACCCUGUUAGAGUUAUGUCCAACCAGGUCAUCAGGAGGGAUCAGCCAAUCAUAAAGAAGAAAACAGACUACUUCAAAACGGAGAUAACCUCAAUGGAGCCGCCCAUGCUCAAAUCAAAUCAAAUUUGAUUUGUCACAUACACAUGGUUAGCAGAUGUUAAUGCGAGUGUAGCGAAAUGCUUGUAAAACAUGCUAUCACAGACGCUAUGAUGGCACAGAUAAAAAGAUGAGUUCUCUAUCUAUCUCUAUGGGUUUUCAGUACAUUUAUGUUAAGCCAUUCCCAGGGUUGGAGAGUAACGGAUUACAUGGGGAUUACAAAAAACGAUAACUGUAAUCCAUUGCGUUACCAUCAAAAAAUAUUGUAAUCAGAUUACAGAUACUUUUGAAAAACUAGAUGAUUACUUCGAGGAUUACUUUUAAAUUCAGAAAGGAUGUUUGCGGAAAAAUCUUUGACACUCAUCUGUUCACUCAAUGACAUUCAAAUCAGCAUUGAAAAAAGGAGCUAGCUUAAAUUUGUUCCACCUGAGCGAGUCUGACCGCAAUGAUGACAGACCAAACGUAUUUGAUGGAUCGCGGGAAAAGAGAAGGAAUAGGCUUUUGUAGGCUACAGUCCAAGCUAUGUCUUCCAAUGGUGUGACUGCUGUCGGCAUCUAAAGAUUAUCCAACUUGAAUAAAUGCUUGGAGGUAAGGAUGACAGCAGUGGUUUAGUCUACGGCGAUACGAAUAUAACUUAUUAUUGAUAUCUACAUAGUGCAUUGAUGUGAAUCACACUGCUGCUCUCUCAUUUAGCUAUUGGCGCCAUACGGAUUGUGGUUGUUGUGGAUGGCUGUUCACAAAUCUAAAUGUGUAUUUGAACCCAAUAAUGGUUGAAUUCUAGAAGUUUAAGCUGCCCGUCAAUCAUUGUUUUUUGAAACUAGUGGACAGCCAGUAAAAAAUGCGCUCGAGCAACAGCUGCACAGUGCAGAUCCAAGCCUAUGUAAUUCAAGUGGGGCUUUUUUUCUACAGUAGUGCUCAAAGCAUGCCAUUCCAUGAGCGCUGCAUUUAUUUUUCAACUCGAAUCAAUGAGCCCAAUCAGUCCUCCAUGACAACAAAAUCAUAAACAACAGAGUUGGGCUGGCUAAUAAAUCCUUAGUUUUGGGGUCAUGCUCAGGUAAAACAAUUUGGCUAAUCUAGAUUUCCAUAUUUCCAAGUCCUAUUCUUGAAGAUGAAUUAAGUAUAAGACUUAUUGGAAUAACUUUUUAAUGUAAAGAUUUAAUCGUAUUAUUAUAUGUGUAGUAGAAAGCGAUGGGUUAUAAGAAACCUACAUAACUAACCCAUAAAACAAAAAUUGACAUUCAUAUAUGGCCAGCUAUGUAAACUUUAACAUUGAUUUAUCCCGCAAAAGAUGUCGUUCAAUUGGUAUCAUACAUUUUUGUCUUCUUCUAAUGCCUCUUAAGGGGAAAGUGAUCUAAAAGUAACACUGUUUGAGUUUGGGUAAUCCAAAAGUUAUGUUACUGAUUACAAAUUUGGAUAGAUAACUAGUAACAGUAAUGGAUUACAAUUAGAAAGUAACCUACCCAACCCUGGCCAUCCCUUUAAAUGGGGUGUACCUUUUUGUUCGAAUUUUGUCAACAGAUUCACUAGAACAUAUUGCGAGAUUUAUUGCGAGAACGGGCUCCGAAUAUUAGUGAUCAAUGAGAAAGCCAUCUAAAUACACGCAUAUUCAUAUCCUUUUUAGCACCAAUUGGUAGAUUGAAAAUAUUCUGAUUUUGUAGAUUAUUUAGGUUUAGGAAAUAAUCUAUGAAUUUAAAAAAAACAGGUUUGGAGAGCCUUUAUGCACAAAAUACAGUACCAGUCAAAAGUUUGGACACACCUACUCAUUCAAAAUUGACUAUUUUCUACAUUGUAGAAUAAUAGUGAAGACAUCAAAACUAUGAAAUAACACAUAUGGAAUCAUUUAGUAACCAAUAAAAAUGUUAAACAUUUAUUUUAUAUUUUUCAGAGUAGCCACCCAUUGAAGCUGGUUGAGCGAAUGCCAGGAGUGUGCAAAGCUGUCAUCAAGUCAAAGGGUGGCUACUUUGAAGAAUAUAACAUAUAUUUUGAUUUGUUUAACACGUUACUACAUGACUCCUUCCAUAUGUGUUAUUUCCUAGUUUGAUGUCUUCACUAUUAUUCUAUAAUGUAGAAAAUAGUGAUAAUAAAGAAAAACCCUUGAGUAGGUGUGUCCAAACUUUUGACUGGUACUGUAUAUUGAUUCGUAAAAAAUGUAGAAUGGUUUGGUUCAUCCUGAAAGUUGCCACAUUCAUAUCUUCAACCCAUGUUAAUGUUGGAAGAUUAGUGUACAUAUAAUUAUAUUAGGGAGAAUACUGUACAAUAGUAGGCUAUACCCUCGUAUAUUGCCUAUAUUAACCAUGGAAUUGUGUAAUUACAAGCCAUGCAUCGGGUUCAAACUGUUACAGCUUGGUCUGUGCUCAGUCCCAUAACGAUUUAAUUAGCCUACCUUUUCAAUAUUCUCAACUGUUACUAAUGAUCCGUAACGGAGUUUACAGAGGAAGCAAAUGAAGGUAAACAAAACAAUGUAAUUAAUUGGAAUGAUAAUGUAGGAUAUACCAACUGAAGGGAACUAACAGUAAAUUGGCAGUUGAAUGUGUGGUUAUUAGGCUUUACUGACGGUCGAUACUGAUAGUUGCUAAUAUUUAACAUGAGGAAAAUAGGAAACUGAGAAAGUCGGGAUAGCCUAAAAUAAAGACAUUUGAGAGUGUUUAUCCCCAACCUGGACUCAAGGUUAGACGUAACAUAGUAAAUGUAAAUCCGGAAUACUCUAAUUAGUAUGAUACAUUUCAGAAAGUAUUCAUACCCCUCGACUUAUUCCACAUUUUGUUGUGUUACAGCCUGAAUUCAAAAUUGAUUAAAUAGAUUUGAUUUCUCACUCAUCUAAACACAAUACCCCAUAAUGACAAAGUGAAAACAUGUUUUUAGAAAUGUUAGCAAAUAUAGCGAAAAUUAAACACAGAAAUAUCUCAUUUAAAUAAGUAUUCACAGCCCUGAGACGAUACAUGUUAGAAUCCACUUUGGUAGCGAUUACAGCUGUGAAUCUUUCUGGGUAUGUCACUAAGAGCUUUGCACACCUGGAUUGUACAAUGUUUGCCCAUUAUUCUAUUCAAAAUUCUUCAAGUUCUUUAAAACUUGGUUGUUGAUCAUUGCUAGACUACCAUUUUUAAAAUGGUUGCCAUGGAUUUUCAAGCAGAUUUAAGUAAAAACUGUAACUCGGCCACUCAGGAACAUUCAAGGUCUUCUUAGGAAGCAACUCAAGUGUAGAUUUGGCCUUGUGUUUUAGGUUAUUGUCCUGCUGAAAGGGGAAUUAAUCUCCCAGUGUCUGGUGGAAAGGAGACUGAGACAGGUUUUCCUCUAUGUAAAAAAAAGUGUCCAUUACUAAUUACUAAAUACAAAUCCUAACACAAAAACAUGGUAGGAAAAUAUAGGUUUACAAAAUAUGAAAAGUGGAUGCUAGUUAGACAUGAUGGAGCUAAACUACUUUUAACCAUAUUGACAUAGAUGCAAAGUUCGAUAACAGUCCAAUUCAGCUUCAAAACAGAUUCUGGUCCAAAAAGCUCCAUUCCGUUUUUUUUUUAAUCCUGAAAAACUCCCCAAGCAUACUGUAUCCAUAACAUAAUGCAGCCACCAUUAUGCUUGAACAUAUUGGUGGUACUCCUUAAUGUGUUGUAUUGGAUUUGCCCCAAACAUAACACUUUGUAUUCAGGACAGAAAAGUGAAUUGCUUUGCCUCAUUUUUUGCAGUAUUACCUUGGUGCCUUGUUUGCAAACAGGGGUGGCAGGUAGCCUAGGGGUUAGAGCAUUCGGCCAAUAACCGAAAGAUUGCUGGAUAGAAUCCCUGAGCUGAUGAGGUAAAAAUGUGUUGUUCUGCCCCUGAACAAGGCAGUUAACCCACUGUUCCUCGGUAGGCUGUCAUUGUAAAUAAGAAUUUGUUCUUAACUGACUUACCUAACAAACAGGAUGCAUUUUUUUGAAAUUUUUUAUUCUGUACAGGCUUCCUUCUUUUCACUCAAUUUGGUUAGUAUUGUGGAGUAACUACAAUGUUGUUGAUCCAUCCUCAGUUCUCCUAUCACAGCCAUUAAACUAUUGACAUUUCAGCUUUUAUUUUUUUAUUAAUUUGUAGACAUUUUGAAAAACAUAAGUCCACUUUGACAUUAUGGGGUAUUGUGUCUAUGCCAGUGACAAAACAUCUCAAUUUAAUAAAUUAAAAAAAAAUCAGGCUGUAUCUCAACAAAAUGGGGAAAAAGUCAAGAGGUGUGAAUACUUUCUGGAGGCACUGUAUUAAUUGGUGGAAGCCCAUCAUCCAUUUCAUAUGACCUGUUACGAAUUUGGAAUAUAUAUGAUGUGAUACCAAUUAAAUUAGCUGUGGCUAAAUGUAGCUUGAUGGCUAAUGAUAAAGUUAGCUAGAUGGCUAACGUUAGCUAAGCUAGGGGUUAAGGUUAGGGUUAGCUAACAUGCUAAGUAGGUGUAAAGUUGCUCAUUAGCUAAAAUUGUCCAUGGUGAGAUUUGAACAUGCAACCUUUGGGUUGCUAGAUGUUUGCAUUAUACACCCACCUCACUAAAAUUGUAACGGCUUUCUUCUACCUCCUUCUCUGACGAAGAGGUGGAAUAAGGAUCGGACCAAAAUGCAACGUGGUUCGAUACAUCUUUAAUUAUGACAAAACACAAACAAUACAAAACAACAAACAUCGAAAACCGAAACAGCCCUGACUGGUGCAACAAACACAGAGACAGGAACAAACACCCACAAACACACAGUGAAACCCAGGCUACCUAAAUAUGGUUCCCAAUCAGAGACAAUGAUAAUCACCUGACUCUGAUUGAGAACCGCCUCAGGCAGCCACAGACCAAUCUAUACACCCCACACAAUCCCAAGACGAAACACACUACAAAUAAACCCAUGUCACACCCUGGCCUGACACAAUAAAUGAAAAUAACAUAAUAAAUACAGACCAGGGCGUGACAAAAAUGCUUGCCUCAAGUAACCCUUUGUCUUGUGCAACCUACCAAACGUAAUACAUCAUUCUAAUUUGAGUGUCCAGGAUUUACGUUUACUAUGUUACGUCUAGUCUAUGAGACCAGGAUGCCAUCCUUGCAAGUUAAAAGGCCACACAAUUUAAAUUCUGCAAAAAGGCACGGCAUUUCAUAAACUUUAAUGUGGGAAAGUGUAUAUGCUUCAGUUUUCUGGCAUAUGACUGGUUUCACAUUUCUCUCCAGCGAUUUUAAGGUUAAAUAGAUAUAAAAGUGACAUUUAAAUGUGCCUUAUUCAACUAAUUACUCAUUUAUCAAGCUCUAAUUAAGUUAUAAAUUACAGUGCAUGGAGAAUGUUGUUAUCUCAAUCAGAAAAAAAUCUAGUAGAUGCUUUUUCCACUUGGAACCAGUAGGUUCGCUAGACCUUAUUCAUGGUUUCCUCACAGGUAAAUGUGGUUGAAUUAUUAGUUAAGUCAAGGUCAGAAUACAGCGUAUCUCUAGACACCUCUGCAACACCUUCAUUUAUUUGAUCUCCACCCCAAACGAAUAGCUGGUGAAUAGCAGGCUAUUCUCAUGCUUAACUUUAAGGUCAGAAUACGGGUAGAGAAAAGUGCAUAAAAAGGGAAGUACUGUAUGUUCCAUUUACGCACACUUAACUCGGGUCGGAAUUCCACCAAUAAUGCAGUAUAUUUUCUAACAAACAAAGCAAAACAGGUGUUGACAAGAAGCAAAUUGAUUCUCAUUGGUCCUGAUCUAACGUGUCCAUUUUUGAUAGGAGGAAAACCAGACAUGACCAGUGCACUAAUUAGACCCUAGUUCAGAAUGCUUUUAUACAUUUUCCUCACAAUGUUGGAGUGCCCACAAGCGUACUGCUGCCCAAUAUCCUCCAAUAUAACAUUGGUGAACUCAUUGUAGAGAGAAGACAUACAAACCAUAUUUAUUGUCAUUGAUUUACUAAUGUUGAUAUUAAAAAGGAAGAUAUUGCUGUAAUUAUUGCA